AUAAAUAUUACAUGAAGCAGCAUCGUCCCGGGGAUUUACCGUUGCCUCAGUGAUUAAGUCCCUCUCGCGGCACAGGGACUGUUGGACACGUGGUACAUAGGACCGGCAAGUGUGUGCGUUCACCACGCGAAAUCGCAAACCCGCCGUCGAGUGUAUUUGAUCAGGAAGAUUAAUUAAUUAAAACAAAUAGCAAACUAAUUAAUUUCAGCUUUCACCGCCCACCGGAUCCAGGCCGCCGAAAGGGAGCCUUGUUCAACCAGAGCCAGGCAGACAUCCUGCAGGAGAAAACCGCGAUUCGGCGAACUCGAACUCCAGCGAAACCAAACAGAACUUCAGACAAAGAAACACACCAAUACUCGUCAAUACUAUUCUCGAGAGAAAAGUAAAACGCAAACCGUUCACAAAAUCCUGGGCAAUAAGAGACUGCCAACAGCGCCAUCAUCGGGAAUCGGACCGAAAUUACGACAAAGGGUUCAUUCAAAUAUUACGCGAGAACAACGACAAUUCUGUUCAUACACCGGAGCUCGAGAGCAAACCGCAGAAUCGCAAUCGUCGGCAGUCGACAGCGGUUGUUGUUUUCGGCCACAAGAAGUGGGACGCGAAAACGACUUGGCGACCUGGCAGGCAGGACAAAGUGCUUCAACGUCGACGCUGUCGUCAAGGGAAAUUUAGCCAAUUCUGGAGAUAAAGUUGCUACCACCACCCCAAAGGAAGAACGAGGAGACAAACGAGGGAGACGAAGUUGGAAAAUUGAUUUCCAUGGAAAUUCUCUCUUCAUCGCACUUUAUCUGUUGGUCGCACUGAAGCUCCACUUCGCCAGGAGCAACCCGUAGAAAAGCCAAUCACCGAGUCGACGACGAGUGGGAUUUAAUCAAACGAACGCUGAAAGCAAUGGAUCCCCACAACCCUUUUGGUUUUCAUUUGGGACCCCCGACUGGUUCGGUUCAUGGUCACCACCCAGAACCCACUCCAAGUCCACCGCAAAGUGUCCCCGGAAGGCGUACACCUUUGGGAACGGUCGGCCUCGGUGGAUUCUAUGCUCAACCACAUGCGAGUGCCUCAGCAUCGCUUACCGACGAAAACCGUCCAUCGGGUAGUGCCGAAAGCCAUUUCAGUGCAGCGCCCCAUCAUCAGCCUCCGUCUGGAGCAGGUGGCAAGCAGAAGAACCGUCAGGGAAAAUCCGUACGAUUGAACAUCAACGCCCGGGAGCGACGUCGGAUGCACGAUUUGAACGACGCCCUCGAUGAACUGCGCAGCGUAAUUCCCUAUGCGCAUUCGCCCUCCGUGCGGAAGCUUUCGAAAAUUGCCACGCUGCUGUUGGCGAAGAACUACAUUCUCAUGCAAGCAAAUGCUUUGGAUGAGCUACGAAGAUUGCUGGCCUACAUUCAGAGUGCUGCCGGAGCUGGUGCUCCCACUGUAGACUUACGAACAAUGCCCUCAGCGCUGAAGCUUCAGCAGCUGCUGCAAACUCCUCAACAGGAGCUUCAGCAACAAGCUCAACAGCAGCUUCAACAGUUGCAACAACAGCAUCAACAACAGCAACAGCAACAACAAGCAGCGCAGCAAUCUCACCAACAGCAAGGAGCUCCACCGCCAAAUUCGAACCCAUGAACUUAAUUUCAAACGAUCUCCUAUAUGCCAAACCAAAACUAUUUAUUUAACCAACUCCUUAAACUAUUCUAGUCAGUCAACAGCAAAACAUGUGGAUUAUUUAACGGAUAAACGAACUAACCUCUAGAAUGCCACAACGUAGCAAUAAGUUUCGAUGCUAGUCAAGUUUUUGUAAUACUGAAACUACGGUAGUCAAGUUACGAAUGUAUAUUUCAUAUUUUGCGCAUUCAAUAAAGCGUAGUCUAGUUUUAGCGUGUU